AUGGACGUUUCUGCUUCAAGUACCCCUAAGACAAUGUUCCGCUGGGUCCAAAAGCUAUACAAUGCUUUGGGCUUCAAGAAGGGUUAUAACUUCAUUCUGUCCGCUGCCUUCCUUGCCUUCUUUCAGUUCGUCCCGGCCAUUCGAUAUAAGGUGAUACUGUUCCAUCGCAUCAAUGGCUACACCAUCAUACUGCUUGUUCUGCUUUCCAAUGUUGGGGCAUUAAUGAUUGCAAGACAUACGUUUGGAGGAACUAUCCCAACUCAAGCCGCCGUGGGUCUUCUGGUCAUUUUAUCAACCUGUGCUAUUGGCAUGGCAUAUUACAAUGUCAAGCGACUACAGCUAGAACAGCAUCGAGCCUGGAUGUUACGGGCAUUCUUCUACUUACUAAACAGAUGGGAUGUAUCAUCACCACGCGCAUAA